GCCCUUUUGCGAGUGCACCCUUGCAUUCGAGCCCGUGCAGUGAUUGCAGCAGUUGGAAGAAGGUAAAAUGUUUCUCCGGAGGACGAAUUCGGUAGUGUUACUGAUAUUCGGGUGUCUGCUAAUUAUAGAUGGGCAUGAGGAGAAAAAUCGCACCAAACGAGGACGCAACGUACGAACAUCGAACACACCGCACGCCAUCGAUGGAACCGAACCGAGCCAGGACCUCGACUCGAGUGGAAACAGCCAGCAGGAUGUGCCCGUGAUUCCACCCGGAUUCCUGAGCCCAUCCGUACAGGAGUACUUGGAACUAGGCAAAUCCAUCCCAGGUCGACCUGGAACCGACUACCCCAUCUUGGCGGCCAUCCCUUACACAAACUUCUACUGCGAUGAGCAAGAAUAUCCGGGCUUCUUCGCCGACAUGGACACGAGAUGUCAAGGAUGGCAUUAUUGCGACAUUGAUGGCCGCCAGGCGACGUUCCUUUGCCCCAAUGGUACGCAGUUUUCGCAAGCGGUAUUCGUGUGCGAUUGGUGGUUCAACGUGCGCUGUGAUCUUUCGCCCCGGCUGUACUCGAUCAAUGCUCGGCUUUACCAGCGGCCCAAGAUCAACCCUACGCAACCGCAUCGAGUCAUCACUCGGCAGCUGGUGGACGAAAUUUUCAACGUGUAA